AUGCGUGCAAGCCUCUUUCUCCUGGGCUGCCUGACAGCAGGCUCCAUGGCAGCACCAACUCUCCUAAACGACGUAUACGAUUACUCGUCAGACUUAGCCACCUACCUCGGAAAAGUGAGCAAGUACAUCGAGAGCACGGGAGAAGAGCUCAUCAAGAGCGUCAACUCAUGCGACACAUCCAAGAUCUCCCUCCCGUCAUACGCAUCCAGCCUGCCCUCACCAUCCGGGAUGAGCCCAAUUUAUGUGGCUGUGGGCCGUGGCACCCAGAACUACACCUGUGCCACUUCGACCUCGAGCUCAACACCCCAAGCCAUAGGUGCAGUGGCGCGUCUUUACAAUGCAACCUGCAUUGCGGCCAAUUACCCAGACAUGUUGUCGUUACUCCCGGGUAUAGUGUACAAGGAACAGUUGCCCAGUAACGAGGAGGAACCUCUCCCGCCGGCUAACCUUGAACUCUUGGGUCAUCAUUUCUUUAGAGAUACGACCACACCAGUUUUUAACCUGGAUACUCUGGCGUCUCGGCAGUAUGGGAUUGCGAUCACGAAAAAACAAGACUCGAUCGAUGCUCCGUCGAGUGCUAUUCAGGGUAGCAAUGGGGCUGUCCAAUGGCUGUACCUGACCACUAUCAACGGUACCGUCGGUGAGUAUGAAGCGGUCUAUCGAGUAGACACGGUUGCCGGUUCAGCCCCGAAGACCUGUCAGGGAAUGCAGUCGGUGUUUACUGUGCAGUAUGCGGCCAAUUAUUAUUUCUAUGGGGCAUGA